UGAUUAUACUGGUAGACCUAAUGAAGGUGUAACAGGUGUGAGGGUUAACGCCGUAAACAACGAGGACGAUCUACGACCUAUUGUUUGUAAGACAUUUUGGCAAAAACAACUUAUUUAUUGUUUUGAUGCUUCGGAAUAGACAAAUCUAUCGAUAAUACAAAGGGGAUCAAAGGAUAAAUCGGUCAACCGUUACAAACAGUUGUCGUGUAACGUAAUCGAUCGUGUGAGCAUAAAGAGUGCAACAAUGGUUUCUUUUCUGACGUCAAUGAUAUAAAAACAGUUCGAACAAUCCAGCAACGUCACGCUCGCCUCCUAUACACAAGGGGGAUCGCGAACAGCUUCAUUUGGAUUCAGCCAGGCAGAUUAAGAUGACUGAUACAUUCACAUACAGCAACGUUGACAGAGAGCUCUCGACGAGGAUCUGAAGUUCAAAAGUGUGAAAUGAUGACAGCGGAUUCAUUUAUUUCUACGGUUUCUGAUGCUGGAAAUGCUUCUGCAAAUAGUACAGGUGAUAUUACAUAUCAGGAAGCAUUUCCAUUUUGGGAUACUUACUGGAACAUGAACACUUCAGGAAAUUCUGAUCCUGAUUUAUUCAAUAUGCUGACAGAUUCAUUUUUCAACACUAUCAGGGACGAUUUGCAUGGGUAUAAAAAACCAAUGACAAUUGUUUUAAUGGUUCUUUAUUCCGCUGCAUUUAUCUGCGGUAUCCUUGGAAAUAUUUUUGUGAUUGCUGUGGUUGUUCAAUACCAACACAUGAGGACACUGACAAAUGUCUUUCUCGUCAAUCUUACAGUUGGCGAUCUUCUUGUGGUGUGUAUUUGUAUUCCAAUGACUCUCGGAAGUUACAUUUAUUCAAAUUAUAUUUUUGGAAAUGUUUUGUGCAAGCUGACACCUUUUUUACAAGGAACUGCCGUGGCUGUCAGCUCUCUUAGCUUACUUUGUAUCAGUAUUAAUCGAUAUUUUGCUAUACACAGUCCACUAAAGGCCAAAGUGUUAUUUUCAAAAAACAAAAUUUAUCUUUUGCUAUCGUUAGUGUGGCUAGUAUCGUUGUGCUCAUUCAUUCCACUACUUGUUGUGAACACAGUUGUGACGUCAGGACUCCCAGGAGUUUAUGAACUACACAUCUGCAUGGAACUGUGGUACUCUCCUCUAACGAAACAAAUUUACAGUAUGUUUAUCCUUUUUGUACUUUUCUUUAUCCCACUCAUCGUAAUGUUAGUAACUUACACACGGAUUGGAUACACGCUUUGGCGUACGGAGGCACGCAGCUUCAUGGAGAACUCAAUUACCAACAAAUCACAAGCCGAAAGAAUUCUACGGCAGCGCCGAAGGACCGUAAAGAUGUUAGUAGCGGUUGUGAUGAUAUUUAUCUUUUGCUGGUUUCCGUACUAUGCUGUGAUGAUCUGGUUGGAUUUCAACAUGGUGCUGUCUCUGAAGACACAGUUUGUGAGUGAUUACAUCUACCCAAUUGUCUUACUUCUCGGAUUAUCGAAUUCCACCGUAAAUCCUGUUUGCUACUGUUUUAUGAGUAAUGGGUUUCGGCGAGCGUUUCUAAAGUUGUGUUGCCGGCAGAAACUUACUAGCGGGAAAAAUGUACUUCUUACAGUUAGAUUCAAAUCAAGUGAUGACUCUCAAAUUGAAAGCAUUGUUACCGCGUUAUCGUGAACAAUGGCAGAUGGCGAUAUGACGUCAUCACUAUGCGGAAGUUUGUUGAGAUAAAGCGUUAUAAGAAAGGAAAGCUGACUAUUUGAUUGGUUUAUGAUAUAAUGUUUUAUUAGUGAACAUGAGGGCACAGUUACUCAAAUGGUACCUGUUUAGCUCAAUCACUUGAUUAAUGAGAAUUAAUUAAUGCUUAUCUUUCCUUUACUUGAAACCUUAUGUGUGUAUAUUCCUUGAAAUAGGCAGGUAGGAAGGGACUAAACAGUUCUAUUAAAUUUUAUAACAUUUCUUCGUUAGUUACGCCAGAAAUUAUUUAAUCAUGAUUUUAAAAUUAUUGUUAAACUGUGAUUAGCCUUUGAACAACUGGGCCAAGCUGUCUUCAUACUGGCGCAGCAUGACUGUUAUAUGUUAGAUUCAAAUUAAAUCAAAACAUGUCAGAAACAGCUCAAUUAAUAUAUCAUUAUCAAAGCACGCAUUUGGUUUUAAUUACAUUCUACAAUAUUGUCGUGAAUCAAAUUUGGUGCGAUUUUUUUAAAUUAGGUUGUGCCCGGCUGUUUUUGUUAUUCAAACGUAUUUUCAUAGUUGAUUUGUAAAUAUGUAUAAUUUAUAUACAGCUAAGUAAAAUGAAUAAUGAUAUAUAUAUUUUCUUCGUGGUACAUGUAGUAUUUUUGUGACUUUCAAACGGAAUGACCGCUUGAUUUUGAGAUCUAACAUGUGUUGCGAUUGGUCGAUCAUUGAUCAAAGGUUAGGCUAUGAUUGGUACAUAUAAUGAUAAAGAUAAUUUUCCACAGAAAAUAACGCAAACAUCUGUUAAAUAAAUCGAUAACAAGGAUAUUGCACAUUACAAAAAAAAAAAAAAAAAAAAAAAAAAAACGUGUUCAACGUUUUGAGGAUUCCGUACAUUGAAUAACUAAGUUGGAUAUUUCUAAUUGACUUUAAAGUUACAUUACGUUGAUUAAUUAUUCUAACAUAUAAACUAAAUAUCAAUACCUACAUGAUCACCAUCGCUCUGAUUCUAACAAUAUAGUUAUGGACUGUGUGUGUGUAAUUGCAGGGAAGACAUUUGCGCUACGCAUAAAGUAAAACCAAUCUGACAUGGUUUUAAUAUAAUGAUACAAUAAUCUAUCGUCUUUUGAAACUUGAAUGUGACAAUGUGUAAAUUCAGCUACAUUACAAUUUGACAAUCUAGUGUUAGCUGAUAAGACUUCAACUUGUCAAUUCUGCCAAUUCAGUGACUGGUAUUAGGAGUUAUAAUACCGUUUGUGAUUUGUGACUGGUGAUGAGAGUACACUACGGUUGUUUGUGGUAUAGCUUCACGCCUUAAAAGAUAUGUUCAGGUUCAUCCAUAAGAUCUGAUCUUCUAUACACAAUCCUUUGGAAUUCACUUUUAUGGAUUACCUAUUUUUCUUAGAAGUUAUUUAACCGCUGUACCAACCAAUCAAAAGCGACGUUACAAACAGCGACGUCAUUGCAUAAGUUAUCGGCUGAGAGAGCAUAACUUUUACGACAAUGGAAAUAAUUGUUAAAAUUACGAUCAACUCAUUUCAAUGUAACAUUGAACCUUAUAUCAUAAAGUAUCACAUAUUGCAAUGACAAAGACCAUAUUUUUUAUUAAAUAAUGAUAUAUUUAAUGACACAUUUACAAUUAAACUGCUAUUUUUGAUGACAUUCUGAGAUGUAUUUAGUGUACUACAACUGUAUGAGUAUUUUUAUAAAAUAAUUUUGAAUUUCAAAAUUAUGUUUGUAUAGAAUCGUUACCUGUCAUUUCCGGAAACAACGUUUGUGCUAUUUUCAAUUUUUCCUGACGCUCAAUUAGGUUUAGAAUUUUAACAUUGUAGAACUACGUAUUCCCUUUUAAGAGAUAUUUCCACUUCAUACAAUUGGUUCACAUAAAAUUACCAUGAUUUAAACGUCAAGCAAUAUACAUGUCCGUUUCGUAUGUAAAGGGAAUCUUACCUGAGCUGCCAAUGCUAUGUAGAAUAUCAGAACAAAGGCCAAUGAAGCAAAUGUCAGUAUAUCAACAUGAUAGCAAGGUAUUAAAAAUAAAGUAUUCUGUAUAAGAAAUAUUUUUAAACCAAAGUAUUCAAUUCUUUUAAGGAAUUCAUUUUGAACGGUCACAAGGGUCAAUUUCAAAAAAGAAAUAAAAAAAAAAAAAAAUAUAUAUAUAUAUACAUAAUUUUUUUUUUACCUAGGCUAACAAUUUCUCGAUGACAUGCGUUUUAAGACGCAAUCGGUACUUUAUCAUUACAUGUACGUAUAUACUUGUGUGCGCUAUUUAUCCAUGUCAUAACAAAAUAACUUCUAUACGUAAUACGACAGGGGUUAUUACAUGACAAAAUAUCUCAAAUAUAAGAUAAAUCUUGAUAUCAGUCAAGCAUGCUCUAACUUCAUUUAAUGAUAUGACGUCACAAACAUCCAGGUUACAGCUUAGUGAUCAAGGUAGAUAGGGCGGCUAUGUGGUAUACAGGUUUCUCAUAAUAUCCUCGAUGCAGAACUCUAAUGAGAUUUAAGCUACACGUAUGACAGACAAUAGUAUAAAUCUCAUCCUUCCGUACAUGUAUAUAUAAUUGGCAUGUUUUGGAAACAAGAACAUUUAGACUAGACUUAAUGCAAAUAAUGGAGAAUAAAAUGAAUCCUUUCGCAUUAAAUUCCAAACUAUUUUGCUAAUUGACGCAUUUUGGAAUAAAGAACGUCCAUCCAUUUCGUCUAAUGCAGCAGAAUACAAUGUUGACGGCAAGCUAAGUCAACAAUUGUGAUAUUUAUCUAUAUUUAGCUGAAGAUUAUAUCAUCUUAGAACGGUUGUUGCCAAGCAACACUUGAUGAAGGAUUUUGAUAAUUUAGAGGGUGUUUUUUUUUACUUUCCCCAAAUAGAUGUUAUAGCUGCCAUUCACCAAUUUGUGUACUAAAACAAGUGUUUCCGUCACUCCCAAGGGUAUGAUAGAUAAGACACUCUGACAUUUUACACAUGCAAUACGUGACGUCACAAUAUACGAGGUGGGGUGGGUUUAAAUGUACUGAGAUACAAAAGGCGCAUUUCUCCAUGUUCAUGGGCUACAUCUUCUGUAAAACCUGAAUGUUCAACGAUGAACAUUUGAAUAUAAUGGAGAAAAAUAACUGUUAUUUACUGUGAUGAUAUAAUAAUCAAAUCAAAAUCCUCGGGUUGGUACCCCAAUGUCCAUCUUCAACCAUCGGGAAAGUAUCAAUUUGAACACUUAAAAUAAUCGCCCCUCAGAACAAGGUUUUUUAAAUUUGAAUCUAGGCUAGGUUACCUUAAUAUGUCAGAGAUGUCAUUUAUGCAUCUACACACUUACAAGAAACAACUUAACAACUGUAUUUGAAUGAAUAAGGCCACCAUCACAGAGGAUGACAAAGCAUUUAUUAAUUAUGAAAAAGUGAUAAUAGAAUAUAGCAAAUACAUAUAUCAAAUAUCACGUUGAUCAAAGAUAAAAUAAUAAGCCAAUGUGGGGUUAACCAAAUAAAAACCGCUAAAAAGACAUUGAAAAUGUCUCCACCAGACAUUGAAAUGUUUUCCCACCCACAAUUCUAAAGACAUGCUGUGACAGAAUUCAAAAAUAAAGCACCUUAAUCUUUCAGAGAUGUUAUUUACCCAAAAUCCUAAAGACAUGUUGCGACAGAAUUCGAAAAUAAAGCACAUGUCUUUUUAUUAACCAACUAUUAAAUUGUUCAAAGCAUUUACUUCUUUUAAAGAAGUAGUGUAAUAUCUAUGUAAAACUGAAUUAAAAUUAAUAGAAAACUAUUAUAAUCAUCAUGAUUUUUUUUUUUUUUAAAUACGAUACGUCGUUUUUGAGAAAUACGAUAUAACAGAAACGUCCGUACAAAACAUACCUUUAGAAUUUUGAUUAAUUAAAUGUACAUGUAUCAAACCUCCAUACAUUAUAUAUCGUUUGUUGUGAAUUAACCUUGAUUAACUGUAUCUUUGUGUAGAGAAUCUGGACUACAGUUGUAUUCAUUUUUCUCUUUUUGAACAUUGUAGUUAAUAUGAAUAUCAAUAUGCAAUAGUGUCAUAAUUGAUGUCACAAUAUCACUUGGAGCAGAGGCCGAUUCUCACAGUGAAAUGAAUACAUACGUUUGUCAAUUAAGGCGAUUAUGUUCAAUAUUAAUGUUGGUUUCUGUUAAUAUCUAGACAUGAUAUGGACAUGUGUGUGUACUGAUCUAAUAAAAUAACAGAAGAAAUCUAAUAAUUAAUGUAGUCAGAGGUCGUAAAUUCAAAUUUACGCCAAUACAUGCUCAAGAGGGACCAUCUUAUUUUUCAUUGUAAAGCUGAGAGCACAAUAGCGAACAGCUAGUAUUUUGACCAUUAUGUAUUUCAUUGUUGACAAAUUUGUAUAUAGUUAAAGUUUUUUUUCUUUAUGUUUAAAUUGAUCAUUAAAACUUGUUAAAGGA